GGGGCGCGGGCGCGAGGCCGCGUGGCGGGGCCGCGCCGAGGAGGCGCCGGGGGAGGAGCGCUCGCUGCGCCGCGCCCGGCCUGCCGCUCGGUGCGGGUCCGCGGGGCGCGAGGAGCGGCCAGACCGCGGCCUGCGAACAAAGGGAGGCGGCCGGGGCGGGGGCGCCGCGAGCAUGGCGGACCGCGGCCUGGAGGGUACGGCGCUGCCUCUGGAGGUGCGGGCGCGGCUGGCCGAGCUGGAGCUCGAGCUGUCGGAAGGUGACAUCACCCAAAAAGGAUAUGAAAAGAAGAGGUCAAAACUAAUUGGAGCCUACCUGCCCCAGCCUCCGACAGCGAAUGGAGCUGCCGUGGUCCGGUGUAGACUGCAGCACAGUGAAGGAGCCCCGGGAAGAGCGCUGCACUCCGGCAACAUCGGGGUGUGUGACAUCCGAGAAGCCGCGGUCAGAGAGCGGGCGGCCAGCACCGCGGGGAACCGGCCGCUGUUUUACUUUCGCUUCGGGGUGGAUCAAGCUUUGCCUCCUGAGCGCCGGGCUCCAGUCACUCCUGCCUCUUCCACUCGCUAUCACCGCCGAAGGUCCUCAGGGUCACGAGAUGAGCGCUAUCGGUCGGAUGUCCACACAGAAGCUGUGCAGGCAGCGCUGGCUAAACACAAAGAAAGGAAGAUGGCAGUCCCUAUGCCUUCCAAACGCAGGUCCUUGGUUGUGCAGACCUCGAUGGACGCCUACACACCUCCAGAUACCUCUUCUGGCUCGGAAGACGAAGGCUCGGUGCAGGGAGACUCCCAGGGGACCCCCACCUCCAGCCAGGGCAGCAUCAACAUGGAGCACUGGAUCAGCCAGGCCAUCCACGGCUCCACCACGUCCACGACCUCUUCCUCCUCCACCCAAAGCGGGGGGAGCGGGGCCGCCCACAGACUGGCCGACGUCAUGGCCCAGACGCACAUAGAAAAUCACUCUGCACCUCCUGAUGUAACCACUUACACCUCAGAACACUCGAUACAAGUAGAAAGGCCACAAGGCUCAACGACAUCACGGACGGCACCAAAGUAUGGCAACGCGGAGCUCAUGGAGACUGGCGAUGGGGUGCCAGUAAGUAGCCGGGUGUCAGCGAAAAUUCAACAGCUCGUCAAUACGCUCAAACGACCGAAGCGGCCGCCGUUACGGGAAUUCUUUGUUGAUGACUUUGAAGAAUUGCUGGAAGUUCAGCAACCGGAUCCGAACCAGCCAAAGCCAGAGGGAGCGCAGAUGUUGGCGGUACGUGGGGAGCAGCUGGGAGUGGUGACGAACUGGCCGCCAUCGCUAGAGGCUGCAUUGCAGCGGUGGGGGACCAUCUCCCCGAAGGCCCCAUGCUUGACCACGAUGGACACGAACGGGAAGCCCCUGUACAUCCUCACUUACGGCAAACUGUGGACAAGAAGUAUGAAGGUUGCUUACAACAUUCUGCAUAAAUUAGGUACAAAGCAGGAACCUAUGGUACGACCAGGAGACAGGGUGGCGCUGGUGUUCCCCAACAAUGACCCUGCCGCGUCCAUGGUGGCCUUCUAUGGCUGCCUGCUGGCUGAAGUUGUUCCCGUGCCCAUCGAAGUGCCACUCACCAGAAAGGAUGCAGGGAGCCAGCAGAUCGGGUUCUUGCUUGGAAGCUGUGGAGUCACUGUGGCCUUGACGAGUGACGCCUGCCACAAAGGGCUGCCGAAAAGCCCAACCGGGGAGAUCCCCCAGUUCAAAGGUUGGCCAAAGCUGCUGUGGUUUGUCACAGAGUCGAAGCAUCUCUCCAAGCCCCCUCGAGAUUGGUUCCCACACAUCAAAGAUGCGAACAACGAUACCGCGUACAUAGAGUAUAAGACCUGCAAGGACGGAAGCGUGCUUGGGGUGACCGUGACCAGGAUCGCGCUGCUGACCCAUUGCCAGGCCCUCACGCAGGCAUGCGGCUACACGGAAGCGGAAACCAUAGUGAAUGUGUUGGAUUUCAAGAAGGACGUUGGGCUCUGGCAUGGCAUCCUAACAAGCGUCAUGAACAUGAUGCACGUGAUCAGCAUCCCAUACGCGCUGAUGAAGGUGAACCCGCUGUCGUGGAUUCAGAAGGUCUGCCAGUACAAAGCAAAGGUGGCUUGUGUCAAAUCCAGGGACAUGCACUGGGCAUUAGUAGCACACAGAGAUCAGAGAGACAUCAACCUCUCUUCUCUCCGGAUGCUGAUCGUGGCUGAUGGUGCAAAUCCCUGGUCUAUCUCCUCCUGCGACGCGUUCCUCAACGUCUUCCAAAGUAAAGGCCUGCGCCAGGAGGUCAUCUGUCCUUGUGCCAGCUCCCCAGAGGCUCUCACCGUCGCCAUCCGGAGGCCCACAGAUGACAGCAACCAGCCCCCGGGCCGGGGUGUCCUCUCCAUGCAUGGGCUUACCUACGGGGUCAUCCGGGUGGACUCCGAAGAAAAGCUGUCUGUGCUCACCGUGCAGGAUGUCGGCCUCGUGAUGCCUGGUGCCAUCAUGUGUUCAGUGAAGCCGGACGGCAUUCCUCAGCUGUGUAGAACGGAUGAAAUCGGGGAGCUCUGCGUGUGCGCCAUUGCCACGGGCACGUCCUAUUACGGCCUCUCGGGCAUGACCAAGAACACCUUCGAGGUGUUCCCUGUGACGAGCUCGGGGGCCCCUGUCAGCGAGUACCCCUUCGUAAGGACAGGCCUGCUGGGCUUCGUCGGCCCCGGGGGGCUCGUCUUCGUGGUGGGCAAGAUGGACGGGCUCAUGGUGGUCAGCGGGCGCAGACACAAUGCGGACGACAUCGUCGCCACAGCGCUGGCCGUGGAGCCCAUGAAAUUCGUCUACAGAGGAAGGAUAGCUGUGUUUUCCGUAACUGUCCUGCACGACGAGAGGAUAGUGAUUGUGGCCGAGCAGAGGCCAGACUCCACGGAGGAGGACAGCUUCCAGUGGAUGAGCAGGGUGCUGCAGGCAAUUGACAGCAUACAUCAAGUUGGGGUUUAUUGCCUGGCCUUGGUUCCAGCAAACACCCUCCCCAAAACCCCACUCGGUGGGAUCCACUUGUCAGAAACGAAGCAGCUCUUCCUGGAGGGCUCACUCCACCCCUGCAACGUCCUGAUGUGUCCCCAUACCUGUGUCACAAACUUGCCUAAACCUCGACAGAAGCAGCCAGAAAUUGGCCCUGCCUCUGUGAUGGUGGGGAACCUGGUGUCUGGGAAGAGGAUUGCGCAGGCCAGCGGCAGAGACCUGGGCCAGAUAGAGGACAAUGAUCAGGCCCGCAAGUUCCUGUUUCUGUCGGAGGUCCUGCAGUGGAGGGCACAGACCACCCCCGACCACGUCCUGUACACGCUGCUCAACUGUAGGGGUGCCAUAGCAAGCUCACUGACAUGUGUGCAGCUGCAUAAGCGCGCCGAGAAGAUCGCCGUGAUGCUACUGGAGAGAGGGCACCUGCAGGACGGGGACCACGUGGCUCUCGUCUACCCACCAGGAAUAGACCUGAUUGCAGCUUUUUACGGCUGCCUGUAUGCGGGCUGCGUGCCCAUAACCGUCCGCCCCCCGCACCCGCAGAACAUCGCCACCACGCUGCCCACCGUGAAGAUGAUCGUGGAGGUGAGUCGCUCUGCCUGCUUGAUGACGACACAGCUGAUCUGUAAGUUGUUGCGGUCCCGGGAGGCAGCUGCGGCCGUAGACGUCAGGGCGUGGCCCCCCAUACUGGACACAGACGAUUUGCCAAAGAAACGGCCUGCCCAGAUCUACAAACCUUCCAACCCAGACACGCUAGCUUAUCUUGACUUCAGUGUGUCCACAACGGGGAUGCUGGCUGGAGUGAAGAUGUGCCACGCAGCCACCAGUGCCUUCUGCCGCUCCAUCAAGCUGCAGUGUGAGCUCUACCCCUCGAGAGAAGUGGCCAUCUGCUUGGACCCGUACUGCGGACUUGGGUUUGUCCUGUGGUGCCUCUGCAGCGUGUACUCUGGGCACCAGUCCAUUCUCAUCCCGCCUUCUGAGCUGGAAACCAACCCUGCCUUGUGGCUUCUUGCCGUGAGUCAGUACAAAGUCCGGGACACGUUCUGCUCCUAUUCAGUGAUGGAACUUUGUACCAAGGGGCUGGGCUCACAGACAGAAUCACUCAAGGCACGGGGCCUGGACUUGUCCCGCGUGCGGACCUGUGUGGUCGUGGCAGAGGAGCGGCCUCGGAUAGCGCUCACCCAGUCUUUCUCAAAGCUCUUUAAAGACCUGGGUCUCCACCCGCGGGCCGUGAGCACCUCCUUCGGCUGCAGAGUGAACCUGGCCAUUUGCUUGCAGAUAUUCAAAAAGUUAAGAAGAGUCAUGGAAUGUUAAAGAGGGGGAAAAAGCCAAUUGAACUUCUAGAAAGGAAAACUACAAUAUUUGGGAUGAAAAAUAUAAUGAUGGAAUCGAUGGCAGAAGAAAGUAUUGGUGAACUUGAAGACAUAGCAAUGGAAACUUUGCAAAAUAAAACAUAGAAAAAAAAAUUUAAUGGUAAGAACAUCAGUGAACUGUGGGGUAACUUUAGGUGACUUAAUAUAAGAAGCUUGGAGUCCCCAAAAGAGGAAGAAGGAGUCUGUACCCAGAAAAAAAUAUAUGAAGAACUAUUUUAAUUUUGAUGGAACUAUAAACCCACAAAUCUCAAAGCUCAGCUACCUCCAAUAUAACAUGAAGGAAACUGCUUACAUUGCUCAAAACCAGUGUUACAGGGAAUAUCUUAAAAGCCUCCAGAUGGGGGGAAAAGGCAAGUUACAUACAAAGGAACAAUGAUAGGGAUCAUUUCAUAUUCCUUAUCAGAAAUGAUGUGAAAAAGACAGUAGAGGACAUCUUUACAGAAAGAAAAGAACUAUCAACCUAGAAUUUUACACUCAGUGGGUAUAUCUUUCAAGAACACAGGCUAACUCCUUUUUUUAGCCACAGGAAAAAAAGCUGAGGAUUUACCAUCAGCAUACCCACACAGGAAGACAUAUUAAAAUCCUUUCAGAAAAGAAAUGAUACCAGAUUGAAAUCUGGAUCUGUACAACAAAUGAGUAGUGUUGGAAAUGGCAGCUACAUUGGUAAACAUAUAAGACUUUUAGCACUACUUAAAUCUCUUUAGAAGAUUAUCGAUGGCUUAUACAGAAACGGUAAUAUGUGGUGAGGUUUAUCAUAUGUGAAAAUCAGUGUGACAACUGUCCAGAGGUUGGGAAGGGAGAAAUGGAAGUAUAAGGUCACAGGGUUUCCAUACCAUACAUAAAGUGGCAUAAUAUCACUUGAAGGUAGGCUGUGGUAAAGAUGUGUGCCAUAAACCCAAAAGUGACCAUGAAUUUUGUUUUCUUUAAGCAGGUAAUAAACUAAUAAGCCAAUAAGGGAGAUAAAAUGCACCUAUAAAGCAAUACUAAAUACAAAACAAGUCUGAAAAGAAGGGCAAAAAUAUAGAUAGAAUGAAUAAAAAAAGAUGGAUUUAAACUUGACCACGUUAGUAAUUCAAUAAAUAUAAAUGGUCUAAACACCCCAAGUAAGAUGCAGAGAUCAUGAUAUUGGAUUUUUAAAGCGCAAAACCUAACUAUAUGUAGCCUACAACAAACACGUUUUAAAUUUUUUUUAAUGUUUAUUUAUUUUUGAGAGAGACAGAGCAUGAGUGGGGGAAGGUCAGAGAGGGAGACACAGAAUCUGAAGCAGGCUCCAGGCUCUGAGCUGUCAGCACAGAGCCUGCCGCGGGGCUCGAACUCACAGACUGCGAGAUCAUGACCUGAGCCAAAGUCUGAUGCUCAACCAACUGAGCUACCCAGAUGCUCCCUUUUUUUAAAAAAUUUUUUAAUGCUUAUUUUUGGCAGAGAGACAAACACGUUUUAAACACAAAUAGAUUAAAAGGAAAAGGACAGAAAAGUUGUACCAUACUAACCUUAAAGGAGAGCUGAAGUGGCUAUAUGAUUAUCUAGCAAUAUUAAUUUCAAAACAGAGAAUACUGCGGGGAUGGAGAAGGUAAUUAUAAGAAGGUAAUUUAGUAUAUACAAGAAAGAAAGUGAAUCUACAAUCCAAAACCUUCACAGGAGAGAGAGAGAAAAAAAAAAAAUGUCUAGGCUCAGAUGAUUUCACAGAAAAAAAUACCAAUCCUAGAAAAACUUGUUCAGAAAAGAGGAAAAUGGAACACUGUCAAACAUGUUUUAUGAAAGGAGCAUAACCUAAAUGCCAGUAUCUGACAAAAAUUCUCAAAGUGGGGUGCCUGGGUGACUCCGUUGGUUAGGUGUCCAACUUCAGCUCAGGUCAUGAUCUUGUAGUCCAUGGGUUUGAGCCCUGCAUCAGGUUCUGUGCUGACAGCUCAGAGCCUGGAGCCUGCUUCAGAUUCUGUGUCUCCCUCUCUCACUGCCCCUCCUCUGCUCAUGCUGUGUCUUACUUUGUCUCUCAAGAAUAAACAAACAUUUAAAAAAAUUCCCAGAAAGUAAAAUCCAGGCCAGUAUCCCACAUGAAAGAAAUUCUCAGCAAAAUACUAGCAUAUUAAAUGCAGCAACAUAUACAAAGAGUAGUACAUCAGGAGUACCUGGGUUGCUCAGUCAGUCUAGCAUCCAACUCUUGAUUUUGGCUUGGGUCAUGGGCCCCACAUUGGGCUCUGUGCUGAGUUUGGAGUUUGGGAUAUUCAUUCUCUCUCUCCCCUCCUUCCCCUGUUCGUUCUCUCCCUCCCUCUCUCUCAAAAUAAGCAUUUUUUUUUUAAGUUAAAAGUGCAUCCUAACCAAACAUGUUUUAGCUCAGGAAUACACAGUUGCUUUAUCAUUUAAAAACAGUGUAAUUCAUAUUAACAGAAUGAAGGAGAAAAAUGAUAUAGUAUGAUGUAUCCAUAUAUGCAGGAAAUGCAUUUGAUAGAAUUCAGUGCUCAUUCAUGAGAUAACUAGGAAGACAAUCUGAGAAAAUUAUUCAAUCUGAGCUAAAACAUAAAAAAACUGGAACCUCAUACUCAGUGGUCCACUUUGAGAGCUUUCCCCCUAAAAUCAGGAACAUUAGCAUUGUAUUAGAAGUCCUAGCCAAUGUGAUAAGGCAUAAAAAGCUCAAACUCUGGAAGUGGAGAGCUAAAGUUUGUUUUUUUUUCAGACUGCUGGAUAGUGAAUGUAAAAACUCCCAUGGAACUACAAAACUACAAUUGUUAGUGUGUGAAGUUACAAAGACACAAAAUAAAAUUUAUACAUGGCACAAAAGCAGACACUCAGAUCAAUGGAACAGAAUAGAGAACCCAGAAAUGGACCCACAAAUGUAUGACCAACUAAUCUUUGAUAAAGCAGGAACUAAUAUCAAAUGGAAUAAAGACAGUCUCUUCAGAAAGUGGUGCUGGGAAAACUGGACAGCAACGUGCAGAAAAAUGAACCUGGACCACUUUCUUACACCAUACACAAAAAUAAACUCAAAAUGGAUGAAAGACCUAAACGUAAGAUGGGAAGCCAUCAAAAUCCUUGGGGAGAAAGCAGGCAAAAACCUCUUUGACCUAGGCCACAGCAAUUUCUUAUUCAACACAUCUCCAGAGGCAAGGGAAAACAAAGUAAAAAUGAACUAUUGGGACCUCAUCAAAGUAAAAAGCUUCUGCACAGCGAAGGAAACAACCAGCAAAACUAAAAGGCAACCAAUGAAAUGGGAGAAGACAUAUCUGAUAAAACAACAUAUCAGAUAAAGGGUUAGUAGCCAAAAUCUAUAAAGAACUUAUCAAACACCCAAAAAACAAAUAAUCCAGUGAAGAAAUAGUCAAAAGACAUGAAUAGACACUUCUCCAAAGAAGACAUCCAGGUGGCCAACUGACACAUGAAAAAAUGCUGAACAUCAUUUAUCAUCAGGGAAAUACACAUCAAAACCACAAUGAGAUACCACCUCACAUCUGUCAGAAUGGCAACAUUAACAACUCAGGCAACAACAGAUGUUGGCAAGGAUGUGGAGAAAGAGGAUCUCUUUUGCAUUGUUGGUGGGAAUGCAAGCUAGUGCAGCCACUCUGGAAAACUGUCUGGAGGUUCCUCGAAAAACUAAAAAUAGAACUACUCUAUGACCCAGUAAUUGCACUACUAGGCAUUUAUCCACAGGAUGCAGUGUGCUGUUUCAAAGGGACACAUGCACCCCCAUGUUUAUAGCAGCACUAUCAACAAUAGCCAAAGUAUGGAAAGAGCCCACAUGUCCAUUGACGGAUGAAUGGAUAAAGAAGAUGUGAUAUGUAUACACACACACACACAAUGGGGUAUUACUUGGCAAUCAAAAAGAAUGAGAUUUGCCAUUUGCAUCUAUGUGGAUGGAACUAGAAGGUAUUAUGCUAAGUGAAAUUAGAGAAGGACAGAUCUGUGAGUUCACUCAUAUAAGGACUUUAAGAUACAAAACAGAUGAACAUAAGGGAAGGGAAGCAAAAAUAAUAUAGGGAGGGGGGCAAAACACAAGAGACUCUUAAAUACAGAGAACAAGCAGAGAGUUGCUAGAGGGGUUGUGGGAGGGGGGGAUGGGCUAAAUGGGUAAGGGGCAUUAAGGAAUCUACUCCUGAAAUCAUUGUUGCCCUGUACGGUAACUAACUUGGGUGUAAAUUAAAAAACAAUCUUUUUAAGUUUAGACAUAAAAAAUUGUAUUUCUAUGCAUCCUGAUGUUUAUGGCAGUGUUAUUUACAGUAGCCAAAAUAUGGGAACAGCUCAAGUGUCCAUUAGUAGAUGAAUAAAGAAGAUAAUAUGUGGUAUAUAUGUACAUACACACACACAAUGGAAUACUAGCCAUAAAAAGGAAUGAAAUCUUGACAUUUGCAGCAACAUGGAUGGAUCCUGGAGGAUAUUCUAACUGAAAUAAGUCAGUGAAAGACACAUACCAUAUGGUUUCAUCCAUAUGUGGAAUUUAAGAAACAAACUAACAUGGCGAGGGGAGGGGAAAGACAACCCAGAACACAGAAUUUUUUUUUGAGACAGAGAGAAAGAGCAAGAGCAUGAGCAGGGGAGGGAUAGCAGGGAGAGAGAGGAUCUCAAGCAAUCUCUGUGCUCCGUGCAGAGCCUGACUCAGGGCUCGAUCCCAUCAACCUGAAAUCAUGACCUGCGUGAAAAUCAAGAGUCAGACCCUUAACUGACUGAGCCACCCAGGUUCCCCCCCCCCCCAAAACACUGACUCUUAACUAUAGAGAGCGUCUGACGGUUAUCAGAGGGGAGGUGGGGGUGGGUGAUGGGGAUUAAGGAUGCACUUGUGAUGGGCACCAGGUAUUGUGUGAAACUGUUGAAUCACUGUAUUGUACACCUGAAACUAAUAUAACACUAUAUGUUAACUAUACGGCAUUUAAAAUACAAUAAAAACACAGUAUUUCCAUAGAGUAGCAAUGAACAACCAGAGAAUGAAAUUUUUAAAAUGCCAUUUAUAGUAAUACCCAAAACUGCAAGUACUUAAGAAUGAAAGGCACACUUAAAGGUGUACACUAAAAUCACAAAAUAUUGCUGAAAGAAAUGAAAUUCUAAUAAAUGCAUGGAUGCACCAUAUUCAUGGGGUGGGAGACUCAGUAUUUUUAUGAUUACUUUUUUUCCCCCCAAAUUGAUCAGUCUCAUCAAAAUCUAAGAAGGCUUUCCUGAAGAAAGUGACAAAAUGGUUCUAAAGCUGUUACAGAAUUGCGAAACAGGAUAACCAGUCUUGAAAAAGAACAGUGUUGGAAGGACUUACCUAUCUGAUUUCAAAACUCGCUCUAAAGCUGUGUUGAUCGACACAAUGUGAUAGUGGCAUCGAGGGAGACCUGCAGGGAAAAGCAAAACAACAAAAACAAAGUAACCUGAAAAAAAAAAAAAAAAAAAAAAAAGAAUCCAGAAAUAGACCCACCAUGUUACUAAGUCCAUUGAAUAGGAAAAGAAAAGGUUUUUUGACCAAUGGCCCUGGAACGACUGAAGAUUUAUAUGGGUAUGAGUAACCUCAAUCCCUUUCUCAGACAAUACAUAAAAUUCAGCUGUAGGUGGAUCAUACACAUGAACGUCCAUAAUGAAACUUGUAGAACACAGCUUCCAGGGGUGCCUGAGUGGCUCAGUUGAUUAGGCAUCUGACUUUGGGUCAAGUCACAGUUAGUGAGUUCGAGCCCCGCAUUGGGCUCUGUGCUGACAGUGCAGAGCCUGGAGCCUGCUCCGAAUUCUGUCUCUCUCUGUCUCUCUCUGCCCCUCCCCCACUCAAGCUCUCUCAAAAAUGGAUAAACAUUAAAAAAUUAGAAUAAAGCUUCGAGGAGAUACAAAAAGACUAUGAUGUGGGAUAUAGAAAGAUUUCUUAGGGCACAAAACACUAAGCAUAAAAGAAAAACAAUUUACUGGACUUUAUCAAAGUUAAAAUUAAUUUUAAUAUAUUAAAAAAAAUAGAAGACAUACAGACUGGGAAAGUAUAUUUGUAAUAACAUAUCUGACAAAGGACUUGUGUUUAUAUAUUUUAAAAACUACAACAACAAAAAGGAAACCUAUUAAAAUAAGCAGCAAAAGACUCAAAUGAGCACUUCACAGAAGGAGCUGUACAAAGGUCCAAUGAGUGCAUAGAACAUGGUCAGCAUCUGUAGUCAUCAGGAAAGUGCGGAUUACAACCCCGUGGUGUGCUUGUGUAGACAGCACGUGCUCUAAAAUCAGGACAAUACCAAACCGGUGAGCACAGCCCCUGCGGGGUGACCUGUGGAUCUGGGAAGCAUUCCAUACUCUGUGUAAUUCCUGAAGUCCUUCCUACCUCGAAGAAAAAGGAAACGAGUCAAAGCACAACAUGCCGUAUUCAAUUGAAAUUGUGAUUUUUCACUACCAAAAAAAAAAAUUUUGGUGAUUCCAUUUCUCACCUCCUAGAAUAAUUAAAAUCCAAAAGGCUAACAGCACUAACUGUUGGUAAAGCUGCGAACCAACUAGAAUCCUUAUUCACUGCUGGUUGGAGACGCAUCGAGCAAUUUUUAUAAGUGCAUUUCAGCCCCGUGAGCCAGCAUGUCUCCGUGCGUGCCCAAAAGAUAUUAAAACACGUCUACAAACAUAUUUGUACAAGCUUUUUCAUGACAGCCCGGAACUGGAAAUAACCCAAAUGUUCAACAGCAGCAGGAUACAAGAAUGUGUGAUAGAGGACUUACUCACACGAUACUUCCCCCAGAUCUUGGAGGAGUGAGCUGCUGGUGCAACGGAGGACUCUAGAAUCCUCAUGUUCAGUGAAAGAAGCAAGACUCAGUACGCACUGUAUUACUUUGUAUGAAGUCCAAUGACAGGUUAAACUAGUCUGUGGUGUUAGAAAUCUCAAAGCUAUAGCCUCUUAGGGUAUGGAGUGAGGGAAUUUGUAUACACUGCCUGGGGUGGUAGUUACAGGGGUGUAUACGGUUGUCAGAAUUCACGUAACCAGAUAUGAAAAACUUGUGUAUUUUGUUGUAUGUAAAUUAUACCUCAAUUAAAAUGUUGAAGAAAUCAUUGUUAAUACACAGAUUUGCUUGGAGGGCCAAACAUCCUGGCUGGGGUCCUGCAGGCAGGAACCCUGCUCCAAAUUCAGCUGCCAGAGUGGCCAGUGAUGAGCCCCUGUGCUGUGCUCAGAUGCCCCUGCAUGCUCCCCGGAACCCACCCCAGGAACCUGCCUUCCAUGACCUCCAUUUAUGGAAAACUUCCUCCAACACGCAGCAUAGUAGAUAUGCUCAACAUCAGUGCUUUGGAAUUGUGACUGUGUUCCACACAUUUCCAGUGAGCAGUUUAUUACUUAGGCUUUAAGGAAUUUAUUACUUUCAGCUUUAAGGGGCUGUGUGCUAAUAUUAGAUUGUGCUAACUGUGGUGUGUGAGUUGCUUAUUAGUUAAGCACUGCCCGGCUGAAGCAUUCAAAGUAAGUUCCUUGUCGGAGUUUUGUUCAGGGUGUGAGUCUGUAUAUCUUUAGCUGACAUUGAGAUAUAACUCAUUUGUUCAAUUAGUGCUUAAUGCCUGACUGAUAACUGUACCUCUAGAAAAAAUGAUUUUUAGUAUGAAUAUGUCUGUACAUGACAUGUCUAUUGUACCGUGGAACCUUAGAGUGAGUCCUUUUUCCUGAUUAACUUAAAAUUUAAACAUGGUUUGUUUUCAUUUCUGAAUAAGCUUGAUUGGAAUGGGUGCAUUUUCUUUCCUGCCGGUGCUUUCUGCUUGAUGAUCUCUAAAUUCUUGAGGGCACUUUUACCCAUUUGGGAUCUCCUUAAAGCUCCAGCUUGCAUCCUUUGGCAAAGUGAAAUUAAUUUUGUGACAGUGAGGAAAUUUUGCUAGAUGUACAGUCCCUCAUAUGUAUCUUGAAAUCUCGAAUUUGUAUACCUUAGGGCUUUUGAAGUUUGGAAACACCUAUAUACUAACAACCCUUUACCUAUUCCUUCCCAUAGCCCUCAUUAAUGUAGUACACCGCUUUUGCUCCUGGUGCUGAGUUGUUCCUUCUGUGCUUACACAAGUUGGAAAAUCCAUUCCUAGUCAUACGUAUUGUUCUCCGAAAUACUGCCUUGAGCAAUCGCAACAAAAUCUGUGAAUUAAAAUAAUUUAGAGAGAAUAUGGGCUUAUUUUGCUCCAGUUAGACUUUUAAAUACGGAGAACAAACUGGGGGUUGAUGGGGGGGUGAGGGAUGGGCUAACUCGAUGAUGAGCAUUAAGGAGGGCACUUGCUGGGGUGAGCACUGGGUGUUAUAUGUAAGAGGUGAAUCACUGGGUCCUCCUCCUGAAGCCAAGACUGCACUGUAUGUUCACUAACUUGAGAAUAAAAAAAAUAUGUUUGCGA